AUGGAUUUGGAAGUUAAAGGAGUGACUGCGUCCCCUCAAAGGCAGGCUCAGCAGUCAUUGAAGGGGAAGAAACAUCAGGGCUGGAGACCAGAUACGCGGGCUUCUCACGGUCCUCGCCCAGCAGAGGUGCCAUGCCUAGAUCUAGGGAGGCUGGGAGAUUCUGAUGAAGAGGAUGGGGACUCUUACAUACCAUACAGUGGAAGUUGUCCUCAUACAUACCCUCUAGAUUUGUCUUCAUCAUUACCAAUUCCAUAUGCACAGCAUCAUCAGGCUCCACAGCUUGGAGAUGGGCUUAAUGGUGAUCUUACAGGUCUUGAUGAGAAAGCUCUCCCACAACAGUGCUACACAAGCAAGCCCUGUAAUAUACAACACAGUCUAAGAAAAUUAGAAGCUGAGGAUGCUGCUGCAGAGAGGAGAAAACGUGCUGUAGUAGAACAAGUGAUGGCAGAUCAGUUAUCUAGAGCUGUUAUAAGUGACCCAGAGCAAUCCAUGCCUGCUGGUGUUUGCAAGGAACUUCCCGGUCUUGUGGGACUUGGGUCAGCACCAAUGCAUCACAGACAAAGAACUCUGCAUGAAACAAAAAUAAGGACCAAAUCAGGAUUAACUACAAACAUGCUCUCUAACAAGCUGUGCUUUAAUAGCAGAAUUAUAUCAAGAAAUGGUCAUGAUGCUUGUAGAGAGUUGAUUGGAUUUUUUUUUGCAUGUGAUGGAUCCCUUACUGUGUAUGAAUUCCGACAGUUUGGAAGAAAUAGAACAAAUGCCUUGCCUUUCAUUCAGAAGGGAGUUUAUCGACAUCAGUGUGGACAAAGGAAGGGAAAAGCCUAUGAUGUUAGUGACUUCUAUGUUGGAGCUAACCUAACUUUCCUAAGUGUCGAUCAUAACCUUCCAGAAAGUUGUAAGCAGAACCCAAUUCUCACCCUUCGUGUGAUAAGUAUUGAUGAAGCAGCUAUGGAUUUUCUGAAAGCUUCUUCUGUGAAAUUCAAGCAAGAGUGUUCCAAGCAAGUUGCUAAUGACAGCAAAGUUUUCAAGAAGAUUCAAGGUUUCCUCCGAGAGACACUAAGAAAAAGAGGAGUUCGAGUCCUAACAGGCUUAGGAAGCUAUUUCCGGCAAGUAGACAAGAAUAGAAAUGGUUUUCUCUCUCAGGCAGCCUUUAAAGAAGCUCUGAAAGUAUUCCAUUUGGAAGUGCCUGAAGGGGACUUUGAGUCCUUAUGGCUUGCUCUUGAUGGUAGCAAAAGUGAUAAGGUUGACUACGGAGAAUUUACUCGUGCUGUGUUUGGAGAAAUGAACGAGUACAGGAAAGCAUUUGUAAGAAAGGCUUAUAUGAAACUAGAUUUCAACAAAACUGGGAGUGUACCUAUGGUUGAUAUCAGGAAAUGUUACUGUGCCAAGAAACGUCCUCUAGUAUUGGCAGGGAAAGCUACAGAAGAAGAGAUCAAAUCAUCCUUUCUAGAAGCGUUAGGAGAAUCCUGCAGCAGCCCCAAUGAAGUGUCCUAUGCUGAGUUUGAAGAUUACUAUGAAGGGUUAAGUUUUGGAAUCGUGGAUGAUGAGGACUUUGUUAAUGUAUUAAGGAACUCUUGGGGAAUUUAAAGCAGAAGGCAGCAGAAAUGAA